GCUACACAAAACAUAGCCUGUGUGCCGUGUAUGUGUGUAUCGGGCUAACUUGGAUACCUGCCGCAACUGCCUUUCGUGUUGCGAAUAGCGGCUCCCCAUUGCGGUGUGUACGACGGUAAGACAUGGAAGCGCUACUGAAGAGGGAGCUGGGAACUGCCAAGCUGAAAGCCACUGGACACUCCGGGGGCGGAUGUAUCAGCGAGGGCCUGAGCUAUGACACAGACUUUGGAAGAGUCUUCGCCAAGAUAAACUACAAGAACCAGGCUAGACAGAUGUUUGAUGGAGAGAAAGUGAGUCUGGACGCCAUCUUGUCCACGAACGCCAUCAAAGCCCCGAGACCAAUGAAGGUUGUGGACCUCGACCAAGGCGGAGCCGUGUUUGUUAUGGAGCACGUGGACAUGAGAUUGCUGAGCAGGUACUCUGCUCAACUGGGGGAGCAACUAGCUGACCUGCACCUGCAUAAUAAAAGACAGAAAGAGAAACAGAUCAAGGCUGAGCAAACCAUUGGAAAAGGAUCCGGCCAGUCGGAGGUUCCUGUCGUUGACCGGUUCGGGUUCCACGUAGUGACGUGCUGCGGCUACAUUCCUCAGGUGAACGACUGGCAGACUGACUGGGUGUCGUUUUACACCCAGCAGAGACUUCAGCACCAGCUGGGACUGGUGGAGCAGGCAUACGGGGACAGGGAAGCCAGGGAGUUAUGGGCCAGCCUCCAGCUGAAGGUCCCGCAGCUGUUCUCCGGCGUGGAGGUGGAGCCUGCGUUGCUCCACGGAGACCUGUGGAGCGGCAAUGUGGCCGAGUACUUGGACGGCCCCAUCAUCUUUGACCCGGCCUCGUUUUAUGGCCACUCUGAGUUCGAGCUAGCCAUCGCUGGCAUGUUCGGCGGCUUCGGCAGGCGGUUUUACGAUGCUUACCACCAGAAGAUCCCCAAGGCCCCGGGGUUCGAGCAAAGGCUGAAGCUCUACCAACUCUUCCACUACCUUAACCACUGGAAUCACUUCGGCAGUGGUUACAGGGGAUCUUCACUACGUAUAAUGAAAGAUCUCUCGAAGUAGUCGCAACCUACUUUGUUUAGACUCAGUACUGCUGGUGUGCUGCUACAGUCAGGAGAAUGGAUUCUAAUUGCAGUUCUGAUUUCUGAAUCCCCCCCGUGAAUCCCAGACUGUUUUCUUCCAGCCUGAUCAGAUUUUCAGACUUGCUACUCACCUGAGGAACAGGAAAGCACCGGUCUGUUUAUCAGCACUUAGCUUUUAAGGAGCAGAUGCAGCGCUAAUGCACAGACCUGAAUUCUUUAACCUUUGACACGGUUAAAGAGGUUACGUGCUACAGACCUCAUAACAGCAGAUUUUGCUUAGUGCUUCCCAAGCUCACAGCAUCAGACUAUUAGUUGUCUGAAAACUGUUUUCACUAAAUGCUUGGACAGUGCAGAGUCCCUCUAAAAGAUGCCGUUCCACUUCCAUGCUGACAUUCUCUCAUGCCUGGCUGCAAAUUGUCCCCAGCAUGCAUGUGUGUCAGUAAAGCACCUUAUAUAAUGCACGUUACGACAGUCGUCGCGUCAAACUGAUUACAGCACUUAUGAUGUCAUAUUUUCAUUUUUCAGUGCUUCUUUGAAUAGCUCAGUACUUGUUAGGGUUACUCUUCCUUAAAACCUGCUUAAAGUGCACGUUGCUGCGGUGAUGUAUAUACAUGUAUAUAAGCAAAUAAAAUGAUCUCUGUGAAGUAUA